GCUUUUCUUCAUCUUCUCCACCGCAAAUCCCAUUCACAGCAGUCUAAACACUUUUUCUGUGUUUUUCCCCUACUGGGUUCGUCGAAACUCUCUGAAAUUUCAUGUCCAGAAUGGCGUUGAAAUCAAGCAAGCCGCCCCUCCCCUACAGAUCUCCAAUUCGUCUCCGGUCCCGCCCCGCUCUUCGGCCCACGACCAACACCGUUCUCACCCCUCCUUCAGUUUCUGUGACGAAAUCGGAGCGGCAGUGGGGGAUCCGACCCGAAUACGAAGCGAUCUCCGGCGAGCUCCGCGCGCUGGCGAUGAUGGUGGAUCAAGAAAUCGGGAAAGGCGGCGACUUUGGCAAGGAGAAUCGGGGCGACCCGACGAACCCGAGGAGCCCAUUGUUCGAGAGGGGAAAGUUGUACGAAGAGUACUCUGCGAGGAGGAACGAGAGGCUGAGGAAGAAGAAAGGUGGGCCCCCCGGGACGGAGGCAGAGGAGGAGAAGAUGAAGAAGGCGAGCUUUGGGCUCGGCGUGAGGGUAGAAUCGUCGGCAAUGAAGAGGGUUCAGAGCGGGAGGAAGACUGGUCCGGCGACCCCUGUUUCGAGGCGGAGGGAAGCUCCGGCGCCGGAGCAGACGCCGAGGUAUAUGCUGAGGAGCAUGACGGGGAAGGAUAAGAACAAGGCUUCUUUGGGUAGUGGCUUUAUGAGUGCCGGAGAGAAGAAUCAGAACAAGAAGAAGAAGAGUGGAGUUGGAAUGUCCAGCUGGAGGAACGUUUGAUUUCUUCUUCUUCUUCCAUUGGUUCUUUAUAAAAAAAAACUGUUAAUUCCUUAUUAUGGAGUCUAUGGUAGUUUGAAGAUUUCAUAUUUCUUUCUGUUAAUUUUGAUCACAUAGAAGAAGCUAAUAUGUCUCAUAGCUUUGGAUUUUAUGCAUUAUUAUGCCUACUGUGAAGAAGCUUUGCAUUAUUAUGCCUACUUUGAAGUUUGAACUGUGAAGGAGGCCUUUUUUAAGGCCUCUCUGUUUUUUUAUUUGUUGAAUAGUGUUGAAUGUGUUCUAAUAUGUACUAUUGUUCUCCAUAAAAGAGAAUGGGUAAC